AGAUGCUCGUUUGUUGGUUUCUUGGGAAUAGCCAUUGUUUCCCAAGUCUUUCCCGUCUCCCACGACUCCAGCUGUGUCUCUCUUCACAUAUUUAGUUUUUACAGUGCACCUAUGACACGUGUUUUUAAAAACAGAAUAUUUUGGUUCAAAGAAAGAAUGGCUCUCCGUCCAUCUGUAUUCCCUCAAGAAAGUGAAAAAAAUCACGGAAAUUGUAUGGAAACAAAACAAUCCCACACUGCUUCCGUAGCUUCAGAAGACCCUCUUCAGAACUUACGCUUAGCAUCUCAGGAAGUGCUCCAUAAGGCUCAGCGGAGUGGGAGGUCACGGUGCCUCCAGUGCGGUGGCUCUAGGAUGUUCUACUGCUACACCUGCUAUGUCCCGGUGGAAAAUGUGCCCACUGAGCAGAUUCCACUUGUACAAGUUGUACUUGUUUUUCCUGGGCCUCAGUCCAUCUCAAUAAAAGAUGUCUCUUUUCAUCUGCAACAAAGGAUUGAAAGUAAAAGUAAAAGGAUAGAAAGCAAAACUGAUGAUCUUGAUGUACCACCUUUUAAACUCAAGAGAACUGAGUUGGAGGGAGGCUCUGAUUUGAAUGGGAGCCUGCACAAAGGUCCAGCAUUGAAAAGAGUGGUCUUUAUUGACAGCACCUGGAGCCAGACAAACCAGAUAAUCUCUGAUGAGCGCCUUCGGGAGUUAUUACAAGUUGAACUGAAAACAAGAAAAACUUGCUUUUGGCGCCAUCAAAAAGGGAAGCCGGAUACUUUCCUUUCCACAAUUGAAGCCAUUUAUUACUUCCUGGUAGACUACCAUAGUGACAUGCUGAAAGAGAAAUACAAAGGACAAUAUGACAAUCUUUUAUUUUUCUACUCUUUUAUGUACCGCUUGAUAAAGAAUGCCAAGGACUCUGGAGAGAAGACAAAACCAAAGCUCAUCCAUUAGUUCUGCACACUCCGCUUGUCAUGUGGCUGUCUGAUGUUCACAAGCUGCAGCUGAGCCUGUUUUCUCUGGGGAGUUCAUCAUGCUCAGUGCCUGUGAGCGGACUCGGGGAAAUUUCAGUUUUGUUCCUUUUACCAUAUUUUUUUAAAGGAAAAUUUGAAUUUUGGUAAUUUUAAAGAGAUGGUCCUGAUUGAAAGAUAGAGUUCAGAAGCUGUUUGUUCAGUUUGGGCAUAUAUCAAUUGUAUUGUAUAUUUUAAUAUGUUUUGUUACAUUUAUGUGAUUAACAUAUAUGAUUAGAGGUUGUCUUCUCUUUUCACUUAUAUUAGCCCUCACCUCUGGAUUUAAACAAAGUCAGAAUCUUUUGGCAAAACGAAAAAAGUGAAACAUAAUUUGCUAGAGUUUAUGACAGAUUGGCAGAGGUGGUGUGUUGUGCUGUCUCUGUAAGCCCACACUUCCUCCCUCUGCCUGGCCUCUGCUCUAGGCAUCGUGUGGUCUUGCAGGAGGGAUGUGCAUAUGACCUGCUUGGAGAGUCAGGUGACCCAGGGCUAAGAGCACAUCACCCAACAGAAACAGGUCUGUUUUGGUGUGCUAGGGAAGCCAUAUGAGAUGGAAUUUAUUUUUCAAGAGUGAGCAAUAUGGGGUUAAAGUAAAUUUCUUCAUGUUUGAAACAUGCCUUUAGAAAUAAAGGUAAGCUUGAAUUGAUUUAAGUAGGAAAGUCUAGAUAGGGGCAGGGCGGAGCCGGGUGUAUGCUAAGUGUAUUGUCAUUUACGCAGUUCUGCAAGCCAUCAGAACAGUUACCAGGUUGAAGAAAACAGAGGAGAGAAUGAUCUUACCACUCAUUUGCCAUCUCAUAGCAGGAGUAACGCACAUGCCUCAGAUGAGAGUAUUGCUUAGCCCGACAGCAGAGGAUACCUGUAGGAAUAAUGAGCUGGCUGUACUUGCCUUGUUUCUCUUUGGUGUGAUAAACUCUGAGAAUGGCCUUAAGCUGUUCUCCCUGUAUUAGGGCCCUUCAGCCCUGCUCUUGUUGCUUUGAAUACUUUUCGCUCUGAAUCUGAGCCAUAAACAUCUCCAAUCUGGCU